CAUCCGACGGUUUCUUCGUGGUCACCAUCUCUUAGCACCCUACUUGCUCAGAUAAAGGCCGUUGGUCGAGCUCUCCCCAUUCAAGCUUCGUCUCCUCCCCUAGCUCAAGAUGGUCUCCUUCCAGUGCGAAGGCUGCGCUGAUACGGUUAAAAAGCCCAAGCUUGAUCAGCACCGCGCGCGAUGCAACGCGCCCUUUACCUGCAUCGACUGUUCCAAGACGUUUGCAGGCCCUGCUGAAUACAAGAGCCAUACAUCUUGUAUCAGCGAGGCGGAGAAGUACCAGAAAGGGCUCUACAAGGGAAGCAAGAACGGCAAACCAGAUGGCCGGCAAAACAACAACGGCAAUCCCAGGUUCAACAACAACUCGUACAACAAUGGUACGUACAACCGCUCCCAACCCUACGGCUACGGUCGCGGUCGCCCGCGGAACGAAGCAUCGGGCGCUAACGGCACUCCCCUCGGCACGCCCGCCCGUAUGUCGCCCGUCACCGCUGUCGCGCCCGAAAACGACGACACUGCUUCGACUCCUACUCCUACUCCCUCAAAAAACGGGCCGACGCCUUUAGCUGGUGGGAAUGGUACGAAAGGGGAGGAGGUGAAGGAGGCGAAGGCGAAUGGGGCGGAGAAGGACAAGAAGCGCAAGUCGACCACAGGCGAGACUCAGGAGGAGUCACCUACGAAGAAGGCUAAGACGUCAGCCCCUAUGGACGUCGAUUCCACCCCAGCCGCUUCAGACUCCGCGAAAGAGAAGAAGGAGAAGAAGAAAGAGAAGAAGGCGAAAGCGAAGACGACGGAUGAGGCGCCGGCUGCCGAGCCCGAGGUAGCACAACCGGUAGCCUCGACCUCGACCGCGCCGGUUACAGAAACCAAAAAGUCGAAGAAGGAGAAGGAGAAAAAAGAGAAGAAGGCGGAGGAUCCUGCCUCGGCGACAGCGAGGACGGACACGGCAUCGGUGGAGGCGGAAAAGUCGAAAAAGCGCAAGCGAGACGAGGCGGACGAUGCCCCGGCGCCUUCAGCCUCUGCUCUUGCGGAUGCCGACGGGAAGAAGGACAAGAAAAAGAAGAAGGAUAAGAAGAACAAAUCUUCGUCAACCGAUGGCGCUCCGGAAACUAGCAGCGUACCAGUCGUUGUGAACGGUGACGCGGACACCGCUAUGGCAGUCGACCAGCCUCUCCAAGCCGAGUUCGCAAUCGCGUUGACGUUCGCAAUCGCGUUGACGGAGGCGAAGAAGGACAAAAAGUCGAAAAAGGACAAGAAGAGCAGGAAGAGCGAGGUGAGCGGGGAGGCGAAGGCGGGCAGAGAGGAGGCGAUGGCUGUCGACAAGCCGCUGCAGGCGGAUAGCACCGCGGACGCGGUCAACGGCGAGACGACGAAGAAAGAGAAGAAGGAUAAAAAGGCGAAGAAGGCGAGGAAAGGAGAGGCCGCGACGGUGGCAUAACCGUGAACGCGCUGAUGCUUUGCUGCGAGCUGACCGGGGCCAAAAUUCAUGCUUUGUCUACCGCUGUCGAUGAGAUACGCUUGCUGUUGUCUUCAUCUAGGGUUAUACUAUGUGCGUAUAUGGAC